UAGGGGAGUCUAGAGGGAUUUUCGAAUAACAUAAAAAUGGGGAAUGUUCUUUUUUUCAUUAUUUCUAAAUUAAAUUUUUAUAUAUAAAAUAAUUUUUGUAUAACUAGUUGAAGUAGGUCAGUUACUAAAAAUUUACUUAAUAAUUAUCAAAAUCAAACCUUCAAGAGUCAUCAGAUGUGAUAUGGGUAGACAUAGACCAGAUUGGUGGUCAAAUCAACAACAGCAACAAGAUUUGGAAGAUGGAUGUCCUAGAAAUGCAGCCAAUGCUCGCGAAAGAGCUCGUAUGCGAGUUCUGAGUAAAGCUUUCAGUCGUUUAAAGACCACAUUACCUUGGGUACCUGCUGACACAAAGUUGUCCAAGUUAGAUACGUUGCGAUUAGCAACCACGUAUAUUGCACAUCUAAGUUCACUAUUAUCCUCAUCAGAACAGAAAGAUUCUAGUUUUACCAGAGGGACAGUUGCAGUUAAUCCACCUAACGUCGUAGCAUGGCCUUAUAAUGUACACAAUGGAGUCAAAGAAUUCUCAUCAUCAGAAGAUGACAAAUAUGAUUGCUACACAUUGAAUGAAAAAUCAUAUCUAGCAUACGAUUCUUAUUAUGAAACUAUAAAUUCACAAUAAAUCUUUAAGUGUAUAUAUUUUAAUAAUUAUUUCUUAACUUAUCAAUAAUUAAUUACAACUUGAUUUUAAAUGAGUAACAAUAGUUUUUAUUUUACUUUUUUCUUAAUCUAGUCUUAAUACUUGGUUACA